GCCUGAGGACUUGCGCGCGCGAUGUUGCUACCGCGAAAUAGUUAUCACAUACAGCUCAUUGCGAACCAGUUUUCCAUCGGCGCUUACACAGGGAUAUGCUAACGGAAUCAAAUUUCGCAUUUUCAUUGAAGUUUACUUGCAGCUGAUUCACUGGAUGGCAUGUUGAACAAAGCGGAACGGAACCCAAUACUCACCAUCACUGACAUCAUGUGAACAACGUGUUUGCAUCGCCGAUACUUUACAAAUAUUGAUCGAUAUUUCAUAUUACCUGUGGUAUUUUUGCCUGUACGGCGUACUGUAGCGGUAAUCCUGUAUCUGUUGGACUUGUCGAUGAGUAAUCAUUAUUGAGGGGUUUAGCGUAAUUAAUUUAUGAUUUUUUAUCAACAUUCCUUCGUAAGAUGAGGGGAUCUUAAGAUUCUGAAAUUGUACGUGGUUUUGACCCUGAUCAGUUACGUUACGUACUGUAAUUUUAACCAAAUCUUGUUUGUACUGGAAGACACAUCUGAAUCCAAAUUCAAACAACAUCAUCCAUGAUGAGACAAUUCUGGUCUUCAUUCGUUUCCACCCUCUUAUCCGUGAUCCUCCUUGUCCAGUUAAUUGAGCCGGUAUUAUCAGGAAGGUCAUCGGGUGGUGGUGGGGGUCGCGUUAGUAGCGGAGGUGGAUUCGGCGGCAGAAGCAGCAGCAGCGGCGGCGGGUUCGGUAGCAGCGGAAGCAGCAGUAGUCGAUUCGGCUCAUCCAGUCCUUCCGGCUCAUCGUCCAGUUUUGGCAGUGGGAGCACGGGUGGCGGAAGUCGCUUCGGGUCGUCUUCCCCGUCGGGAUCUGUCGGCGGGACGGGAGGAGGAAGUAAAUUUGGCUCGUCGUCGCCGGCUGGGGCGGGCGCCAGUGGCUCGCGUAUGUCCAGCGGCACCGGGGCGGGUGCUAGCGGAGCAGGUGCAGGAUCGAGCCGAUGGGGAAGCUCCGCCCCCAGCGGGUCUUCGCGACCUAAUUAUAAUGCCGCCGGAAAUUCCGCCUCCCGGAGCGCUGUCAACCGACCGGCGGCCAACGCGCCCGUUCCCUCGCAGCGCAAUAAUAUCCAACCGGUGUACAAUACGCACACCACCGUCAUCAACAAUUAUGGCGGUGGGGCCUUUUCCCGUGGUGGUUUCGGAACUGGAAGUUUACUGCUGGCCGGUGCGGGUGGCAUGGUUGGUGGCUAUCUGCUGGGCAGUAUGGUGGCACAUAGCCUGUACUCGCACAACGGUUGCUGUUAUUCAUGCGGAUGUGGGUAUUAUGGACCGCCACCGCCAUGGUAUUACGACUCGUACGUUCCUUACCGCUACCGUUAUCAAACGGAAACCAGCGUUACAACGACAACUGUGGCGCCGGUAGUGGCCGGUGGAACGACCGCAGCACCAAAAGCCAGCAAACCAACGGAUGUUUGCACACUGGCGCGAUGGAAUAUGGAGCUUCCGUUUACGGAAAUGCCGAAUAUGGCGUUGACGUUCCUAGCGAGUGAUAAUAUCUCUGGAGAAGCGAUUGCGGACAAGGCCAAGUUUUUCUACCAGUUUUUAAAUAGCACUGCUGAACCAUACGGCACAUUACCAGCGACGACCAAUGUUUUCCAAAUCGAUCCUGCGAACAAUCUGCGAGCCUGUAAUUUCAAUAUACCGAAAUUAUAUGCCACUGCAGCGGUGUCGGCAGGGAACAGUUCUACCAACACAAGUGCUAAUAGCACCGCUACGGAACGGCCAUUUUAUGCUGGUGCACUUCUUGAGCAGUGGCGUGAAAUGGCCCGUAAUGGCAAUACGGCUGUCUGCAAAAUGUUCAGUUACGCUAGCAUUCCUGAAUGUCUGAACCAACCGUCAGGCCCGGAAGAACCCUUUUUUACAGCCAUAAAAAGACUGACCAGCCUUUAUACAAAUGCCAGCAGCGACGCCACUCUGUUAUCAGAAAUCGUAUCGUCCGCUAAGAAAUGCUAUCCCAAAGACAUUACGCCACAAGAGAUCAUUCCAUGUUUGGAUUACUCUGUGGAUGUGGCACAAGUCACGUCUUUAGAAAAUCCCGCUUCCAUAUUUGGAAAUGAGGAAGUGUGUCGAAAAUUCUUAAACCCGGACAUUACAAAGUGUAUACCACAAGGCUCAACCUUUCCGUGCACCGUCAGUGACCUUACCAACCUGAAUGUCUUCGCCAGAAACUAUUACUUAUGCAAGGAUCCGGUGGAUCCUCAGCUGGUAAGCAUGCGUUACUUGCACAUAUGAGAAAUAUUACUAGCAGAAACCUUGUCUUGUUUCUGUGUAGGUGGCGCAUUGGAAGCGCGACAAAGUGGGCAGACUGCAAACGACGGAGUUCCGAGUCCAACAAUAUCAUCAGUGCCAAAUUCAGUGCGAUCAGGAGCACAGUCUCAAGGUUCCGGGGGAAAUGCCGCCUCGAAUACAUCCAUAUCGUUUUUUGCUUGGGUCUCGGGUGCUCUUAUGCUUAUCUUCAGAUAUAAGAACGUGAUAACAUUAUAAUUAGAGCAAAUAUUUUUGAAGGAAGCACAACUGUGAAAAAUUCUGGAUUGUUUAUUUUUAUUUUAUUACAUGCUGUUAACUGUUUUGCAGGUAAAGAUAGCAACUGUUGUUUUCUCUCACUGAAUCAGUCUGACAGUGGUGCUUGCAGUAUAUAGGAGCAAUAAGCUCUUGGUCCUUCUAUAUGUGGUUUAUAAUUGAUUUGAUGAAAAAAUUUAACGUUCAA